UCUUGUAAUUUUAAGGACUUGUUGAAGACAAUGUUGAGAUUCAGCUUGCAUGUGUGGAUGUUAUGGUUUCUUUAUGCAGGUACUUUAUCCGACGACGACAUCAAUGUGUGUGAACAGCAGCCAUGUCAAAAUGGUGGUAUAUGUGAGAGCCACAAUGGAGGUUUCCGCUGCCUUUGCUCCCAACAAAGCCAAAAUGGGCUCCUGUAUGGGGGAGAGACCUGCUCAACUGCACUUUCUGGGUGUGAUGACAACCAGUGCGAGAAUCGAGGAAUAUGCUCGCCCUUACUUGUCAAUGAUCAGCACACUUAUAAAUGCAUCUGCCUUGCCGGCUUCACAGGCCCUAAAUGCCAGACUCCUACCGUCUUCUCAUUUGAGUCCCGAGGCCACAUGUUCAUAGAGACUCAGCUUUUAGACACAGAGGCUCCCCUUAAUGUGACAUUUAGCUUCAGGACAGCAAGACCUGUUGGCACCCUCUUGCAGCGCAGAGUCGACGACCUGGUCCUCAGCAUUGAGCUGAUGGACGGGCAUCUCUGUCUACGCAGCCUGAGAGGUCAAGGCUCCAGCACGCUGGUUCAGGAGCUGCCAGAUUACUUAUCCAACAACAAGUGGCACACGGUGGAAGCGUCGCUGGGCGGCGUGGUCAGCCUCAUCCGGCUGCUCUGCACUGAAGGAAGCUGCACCAGAGACUCUGGCGCUGAAGUCCAGCUGCUUGAGCAACCUUCUGCUCUCCCCAAGCCAGGAACACUUCGUCAAAGCCUCUUCAUAGGAGCAGCCGGGGUACUUUGGGGUGUUGGCAGAGCAGUGGAUGAAGCAGACUACCCGGCUGCUUUUCUGGGAUGCUUCAGAGAUGUGUUUGUGGACUCACAUCUGGUGUUGCCUGUUAUAGUGCCAGAAGUUUCAGACGUGCACGCAAACAUUACUCUGGGAUGCAGUGACAAAGACAAGUGCGAUGACAGCCCGUGUCAGAACCGAGGGCGCUGCGUGAGCCAGGGCUGGAGGAGCUACAUGUGUGAGUGCCACAGGCCACAUGAGGGAAACAACUGUGCAGAGGAGUAUAUCACUGCAAGGUUUGGAAACAAAGACCUGGAAAGUUAUGCUUUCUUCUCAUUAGAUGAUGACCCACAGGAUUCUGUGACUAUAUCCAUGUUUAUUCGCACCAGACAGUCCAGCGGCCUGCUUCUCAUACUGGCCAACAGCACAAGCCAGUACCUCCGCCUGUGGCUGGAAGAGGGCAGGGUCAAAGUUCAGGUCAACAACUUUGAGACACUUGUUGGUCGGGGUGCAGUCAGUGACAGCCAUUUCCAUCUGGUGACUGUGAAGCUGGAAGGAAUGGAAGCCAUCUUGUUCCAGUCAGCCCAGAGCCAGGACACUAUGCACAUUAGGCCCAUCCAGGCCCAUCCUGGGGAUCUGGUUUUCGUUGGCGGGCUACCAGACUCAAGGGCCUCUGCCUCAUUUGGUGGCUACUUUAAGGGAUGUGUCCAGGAUCUGAGGAUUAACAGCAAACGACUGCAAUUCUAUCCCAUUGCAACUCCAGUGGAAUCUUACAGCCUCAAGCAACUCAUCAACGUUGCACAAGGAUGCAGCAGUGACAAUGCCUGUGCUGCCAACCCCUGUCUCAACGGGGGAGUGUGUUACUCCAUGUGGGACGAUUUCAUCUGCAACUGCCCCCCCAACACUGCAGGGCAGCGCUGUGAGGAGGUGAAAUGGUGUGAGCUAUCUCCUUGCCCCGCAACUGCGGUUUGUCAACCCCACUCUCAGGGCUUUGAGUGUCUGUCUAACGUGACGUUUCGGGUAGAAAGCAGCCUUUUGCACUACCAGAGCAAUGGGAAGAUUAAGCGCAGCCUCAGCAGUGUCUCUCUCAGCUUACGCACAAGACAAUCCGCUGCUACCUUACUGUAUGCACAAAAGGGGUCAGAUUUCCUCAACAUCUCCCUCCUGGACUCUCAUUUGGUUAUGGAGCUGCAGGCUGGGGUGGGCAAGGACUCCCGCAAGCUGACAGUUCAAAGCCAGGGUCCAAUCAGUGAUGGAGAUUGGCAUGAUGUGGAGCUCAGCAUGGAGAACCUGACACUCCCAACCUCCAGGUGGAUCAUGGCAGUGGAUGGAGGCAAAGUGGAGCUUAGCGUGUCCAAAACAGCUGCGGGGGACCUGGAUUUUCUUAGGGAGGAAACAGACAUCUUCCUGGGGGGACUGAGCAUGGACGCUGGAGUAAACUUGUCUGGAUGUCUGGGCCCAGUGGAGAUUGGAGGCCUUCCUCUCCCUUUCCACCUGGACACAGAGUUGAAAUUCCCCAGACCUCAGGAGGAGCAGUUUGUCAGGAUAAACAAUAAUGCUGCCCCGCGAUAUGGUUGCUGGGGAACCAGCAUGUGCGCGUCCAACCCUUGUAAGAAUGAGGGUGUGUGUGAGGACCUGUUUGACCUGUAUCACUGCACAUGUCCCACUGAGUGGACGGGACCAUCGUGUCAAGACCCAACAGACACCUGCAUCUCCAACCCUUGCAUCCACGGCAACUGCACCAACCUACCAUUGGCAUUCAAGUGUUUGUGUGAGCCGGGGUUCAGAGGUGAACAGUGUGAGGUGGAGGUUGAUGUGUGUGAAAACAGCAAUUGCGGAAACGGCGCCACGUGCCUCAAAGGUUUCCAGAGCUAUGCAUGCCUCUGUCCUCAGAAUGUGACAGGCAAAUACUGCAAUGAGAAAGUUCCUGACAUCCCAUGGUACAUUGAGACCAAUCCACUUCCUCAGUUGCCUGUAUCUACAUGCACGGGCACAAGAUGGAACUACAGCUGCUUUAAUGGAGGGAACUGCUCUGAAGCAGACAACACCUGUUACUGUCUGCCUGGUUUCACGGGACAAUGGUGUGAGAAGGAUGUGGAUGAAUGCGCCUCAGACCCUUGUAUGAACGGAGGCUUCUGUAUUAACUACGUGAACAGUUUUGAGUGUGUGUGUGAUAUGAAUUACUCAGGGAUAUACUGUCAAAUGGAUGUCAGUGACUUCUACUUGUACCUCUUCUUGGGCCUGUGGCAGAACCUCUUCCAGCUGGUGUCCUACCUUUUGAUACGCCUCGACGAUGAGCCCGAAAUUGAGUGGGGCCAUGUCAACGAUUAG